GGAAUAUAUAAAAGGCCAGAUAUGGAACGUGCAAUCCAAAACUCAGAAACUUUUCUUAAUAACCCAACUCUCAAUCCAACUCCCGACACCAUGGCCUGCUGCUCCACUAACUUCUGUGGGUUCCCCAGCUGCUCCACCGCUGGGACCUGUGGCUCCAGCUGCUGCCAGCCAACCUGCUUCACUACCAGCUCCUGUGGAACCGGCUGUGGCACUGGCUAUGGCACUGGCUAUGGCACCGGCUAUGGCACCGGCUACGGCCUGGAGGGUGGCUCUGGAGCUGUGAGCUGCCGUACCAGGUGGUGCCGCCCUGACUGCCGCGUGGAGGGCACCGUCCUGCCCCCCUGCUGUGUGGUGAGCUGCAUACCCCCAUCCUGCUGCCAGCUGCACCAUGCCCAGGCCUCCUGCUGUCGCCCAUCCUACUGCGGACAGUCCUCCUGCCGCCCCGCCUGCUGUGCCUACUGCUGUGAGCCCACUUGUUAAAAGCCAGGUUGCUGAUUACUUAAGAGUGAAAGGGGAAGUACAGCAAAACUACACUGCUCUCUAAAGAAAUGUCCAAUUUUGCUUAGGUACUAAGUGUCAUGAUGUUUCUAAGCCACUCAGAAUACUUAGCCUUAGUCAGGAGCCUCUUGGAUAUGCAAAAUUAGCACACUGAAAACAUGUAUCAGUUACACUGUAGAUAUCCUGCCUUGUGUGAGCAGAUGCCAGACUGGGGUAGCUCUUCAUUUCAGUGACAUCUCUGGUCUCCUCCCUAUCUCUUGGUCCCCAUAUUUUCGGACCUGUUUUCCCCCGAAUAUCCUGUUAAUUUGAAAUAAAAUGUUUAAAUGUGCAAAGCAAACUGAGUUAUUUUUUCCUUCUACCUUUAAUCUUGUCUAUUUUUAGCUGGAACUCAAGAAGGGUGGAUUUGUAUUUUCAUAAUAAUCCUAAGGCAUAAACAUAAAAUCUAAACUAGAAAGAUUAAAAACAAAUUAUAUUAUGCUUGAAUCCAUCAGUUAAUACAAUGCUCUGUGUGUUAGUAAUCUGUGUGGUUAUUCAAAACUUACAUGCUCUAAUGUUAUGAUUGGGUCUAGACCAAUAAUGCCACUUUCAGCUAAAAUCUUCAGGUUGAUCAAAAGUAUGGGAUUUCUACCCAGAGGUAUUUCUACCAGUUUAAUCUCCUCCUGUUUAAUAUUCUAGAUGAUCUCUUUCAGGUGUGCCCAAUAUCUAAAGAUUGUAUUACCUAUUAUGAUUUUUAAAUAUCUACUGAUACUGUCUAUCAGACACUAUUUAUUUUCCAAGAGCAUUUAGGUUUAAUUCAUAUGCCUUAGCCUGUUAAAUUCUUCCCAUUGAUCCCCAAAUUGCUCUCUAAGCUUCAAUUCCCACCACUCACUUCCAUUUACUCUAAGUAUGUAUAAGGUUUAUCUAAGGUCUAAGCAAGAGUAGAAAAAGGAGCUAUGGAGAUACCCAGUCAUUUCCAACAUUACCAUUUGACAAACACAUAUAUUAGAAAUCUGAAACUGCUAUUAUUUUGCAUUUUGUAACCCAAUUUGAAAGAUGUUCUCUUAAGAAGUUAACACAAAUCCAGAACAAGAAAUACAUUUACCAUUUAAUUUUCAAUUCUUCAUCAAGUAUCUGACUGCAAUAUACAAA